AGUUUCGAUCGUCACCGCGUCAAGAUGACUGUGUCCUACGGAGUGGAAAAGUGUCCCCAGAAGUUCGCUGAGUACCGUAGUACUCUGACGAAAAAGUACCAGCAGAUAGCCAAGGAACAGCUCCGCGAAGAAGACACCCUUCGCACACAAGCUCUAGAAGGGAUGAGAGCUUGGAUCGCCAAACACCCCUACAUCCGAAGGUGUCGCACGGAUCCGUUGUUUUUGUUGAGAUUCUUGCGACAGAGGAAAUUCUCGAUCCCACUGGCAUGCGAAACACUGGAACGAUAUCUGUCCAUGCGACAGACCUUCCCCCACUUUUUCCAAAACUUGAGCCCAUCCCACGAGGACAUGCGCGAUCUGGCAGCAGAUGAAGUGUUCCAAGCUCUGGGUUUUGACGAAAACGGACGCAUUGUGAUUCUGAUCAAGUCCCGGCAUUUCAACGUCGAAAAAUACACGCUACACCAUCUGGUUCGCUAUCUGCAUAUGUACAUGGAAAUUCUGUCCUGCGACGAGAGGAUCCAGGUGGCCGGAAUCGUGCUGAUAAUAGACUGCUUCGAGACGACGAUGAUGCACUUUACGUUGUUCAAUUUAUCCGACGUGAAGAAUAUGAUGCCGUACAUCAACUUUCUGCUGCCGGUGCGCUGCAAGGAGGUGCACGUGAUUCGGUUGCCCAAGAUGAGUGCGACGCUGGUGGAUAUUUUGUUCACGUUCGUCAGUGCGAAGAUCAAGAAUCGGUUUUUCUUCCACAGAACCCUGAUCGAUGCCAAAAAGCACCUGGACAAGUCGCUGCUACCAUCGGACCUGAACGGAACCAACGACUCGAUGGAGCUCUCGAAUAUCUUCCACAAACAGGUACGUGAGUCCGAAGCCGACCUGGCCCUGCUCGACGAGAUGGAAAUCGACGUCACUAAGUACUCGGCCCUGUGGAACCAGAACCAUCCGGCGGGCGGAGGAUGCGGCAAGGAGAGCGAAAUCGAAAGUGGAAUGGUGGGCAGUUUCCGGAAACUGAAUAUCGAUUGAUCGACCUCCCCUCCCAAUUGAAAGUGGUUAUUGUGAAAGUUGUGUAGAAUCGUAAAAACCGCUAGGAAUGGCGUUCCGGCAUCUACAGUGGUGGCCUUUAAAUUAGCACAAUAGACCGAGGGGUGCGACAAAUCUAAAUCUCGAUUUUAAAUGAUCGAAAAAUCUCACACUAGCGAAUCAAUUCAUGAAAAAUCUUUUACAUCUCUUGCAU